AUGGGCAAUAAACUAUCAUCGAAGCGAAAAUCAUCCUCAGCCACACCUACCCCUCGGUCCGCAUCUACGACGACGACCGCGACCUCUUCUAAACAGGAAGGCACAAUUGACGAAAGUCAGCAACAUACUGUUUCUAAUAAUUCGAGCGUCAGACGUCGUAUCCAUCAAAUUUCCAACUCGACAUAUUGGUUUCCUAAUGAUGACGAAGAGAUGGACCGUUUGAUCGGCCAACACUUUGCGUUGAAAACAUUUUUGGAAGGCAAUGUCGUAGCAAAGGGUAUCCCACUCAUUCCUACGCCAUUUGAUGAAGGUGCAAAAGUCUUAGACUUGGCCUGUGGACCAGGGACUUGGAUUAUGGACUUCGCAACGGAAAAUCCAAACGCACAAUGCGUAGGCGUAGAUAUGGUCGACGUGUUUCCCAAAGAAAUUCGACCGACUAAUGUUGAAUUCAAGGUUGCCAACGUUAUGGAAGGUUUACCAUACCCUGAUAACUCUUUUGAUCUUGUCUAUCCUGGCGGAUGUGCUCAAUCUGUUGAAGCCGGCAUGCUGGAGAAAGGAAAUGAGUUUGUAAACAAGGCUGGACAAGCAUCUAAACAAGACCAAUUGACACGCGAGUUUAUCCAUGACAUUUGUUGCAUCUUUACCGGUGCAGAGCCCAUUUUGUCUAAAGCUCUAAACAUUCCUUCCGAAGAAUGGCCUGCAUUUGUCAAGGAACUUGGCAUUGAGAUGAAAAAACAACCAGAUGCCAUGUGGUCCUACGGUGUAUGUUUUGCACAAAAGCCUGUUGAGGAACCUUCGACUUAG